CUCUAUCCCUCACUGCUGUAAUUGUUGGUUUCUCUAUUUACAUGUGAAGACAUGUCAGGUAAAAGAAGGUCAUGAGAGAGACUUACAGGGAGAAAGAGAUACCUUUUUUCCUUUCUCAGUGUGGAGUAAUCUUCAAAACCCGGCCUUUCCAGCAAUACCCAGUUGCCAUAGCCUUCGCACUUAACCUUUUUUUUGUUCCCUUCUCUAUUUAACCUGUCAUUUUCUUGAGAAAUGCAUCUGUGUAGACCAUACCCAGAUCAAAUCAAGGCUUGAAUUGCUGAUUUUGAAGUGUUUCUGAGAUGGGUUUCUGAGAUGCAAAAUUGGGCUCAAGUGUUUGUCGAAAGACCUGGGUGGGAUUUUUUACUGCAAGUGAAUUGGAGUUCUUUGUAAUAAAAAUGAGAGAUUUUCCGUCUUGCUUUGGUGAAAAUGGUGUGCAAGUGGCUGAUUCUUCAUCUUCAAAUACUAGUAAAAAUGCGCAGAAUUGGGUUACUUGCGUGUAUCAAUGUAGAAUUCGAGGUCGCUCUUGCUUGAUCACAAUUACGUGGAGUAAGAAUUUGAUGGGUCAAGGCCUAAGUAUAGGGAUGGAUGAUUCUGCUAAUCAAUGUUUAUGCAAAGUUGAUAUUAAACCGUGGUUAUUCUCCAAAAGAAAAGGGUCAAAGAGUUUAGAAGCAUAUUCUUGUAAAAUUGACAUUUAUUGGGACCUUUCAUCUGCUAAAUUUGGAUUUGGUCCUGAACCCUUGGAGGGAUUUUAUGUGGGUGUUGUUGUUGAUGGGCAAAUGGUUCUCCUUCUGGGGGAUAUGACAAAAGAAGCUUUCAAGAAAACUAGUGCCUCUCUCAUUCCUUCUAAUGCUGUUUUAGUUUCCAAGAGAGAACACGUGUUUGGCAAGAAGGUGUUUAGCACCAGGGCUCAGUUUUGUGACAAUGGGCCAAUUCAUGAUCUUGUGAUUGAAUGUGACACGAUUGGUAUCAGUGAUCCGUUUCUUGUGGUUCGUGUGGACUGUAAGACUGUGAUGCAAGUGAAACGGUUGCGGUGGAAGUUCCGAGGGAAUCAUACCAUAUUGGUUGAUGGGUUGGCUGUAGAAGUCCUUUGGGAUGUUCAUAAUUGGCUCUUCGGCACAUCUGUUGGCAAUGCUGUUUUUAUGUUCAAGACAUGCCUCUCAGCUGAGAAGUUAUGGUCAAGCCAACCCCAUACAGAUCCAAAUGUGUUGCCAUGGUCGUUCUCACAGAGAGUUCUGGAUUCCAAAUCACAAAAUCUUGGUUUUUCGCUGAUUUUAUAUGCUUGGAAGAAUGAGUAGACUCAGAAACUUUUCUUUGAGUGCUAACAGAACCAUUAGGACUUGUGAUUUUAUUGAUUAUGUGAUUGAUUACACUUAAUUUGAUUAAACAGUUUUUCUCUUCUUUUUUGUCCUCCUGAGUUGAGCAAUUGUAUUGAUACAAUUUCAUGUUUCAGUUGGCUGUAUAUCUUUACCAAAAUGUUCCCUUUCUUUUUUCUAUAUCUUCUUCUGUUACAAUCCAGUAUCAACAGAAUGCUUAAUUUCAUGGUUGAAAUUUUUUUUUA